AUGGCAUAUUACGACAUUGAUGAAAUUCUAACUGAUGCACAAAUCAAGGCCGGAUCGCGGUUAGAUGUGCCCCUAUGGCUGGGAGUAAUGCUUGCGGUGGGAGCCAAGGCUGGCUCUAAUCCGCUGGUCAAUCUGGAUAUCCCCCAAGCACUGUCGGAGCCGGUGAUGAAUGCGCUUAAGGCUGAUCCGCGGACGGUGGACCUUCGAUCUUUAGCAUCACAUUUUUACAGACUGGGCGUGAAGAUACUACAACUCUUCGAGGAAGAAGAAAUGGUAGAGAUUCUUAGUGAUACUUUCAAAAAGCGCGCGAUGCAAAUUGCGGAUCAUGCCCACAACCCAACCGGGGCGCUGGGAGGUGGAGUUGAAUUUUUGCGUGGCUUGGACGAAACUGAACGGCAAUUGUUUCGCGCUGCCCAUGACAGUGCUAAAGAGGCCCGUGUCUGGGCUGGAGAGGCAAAGAAGAAGUAG